AUGACUUCAUAUAUGACAAUGGGAACGACGAGACAGCCAUUCGCGCCUUUGAAUGGUUCACGUCUACAGAAUCUUACAAGUCUCAAGAAUUGUCAGAAUGCUCUAUCAUCCAACACUACCUCCCCUCUCAAGCGCAAAGCAACAACAUUCGAAUCCGACGAUGAUUCCGAAAACAUUGAUCCUCUUUUCUUCGGAUCUCCCAAACGAUCCAAAGCUGGAGCUACAGAUAUCUUCUCAAAACCUACAAACUACUUUCUCACCAAAGCACCUCCCUCUCCUACCGACGCAUCGCUCUCCUCACUCAAACCCACCAAAUCUAUCACUCAACGAAAGAUUCUUCAACCGCGUUCUCGGACCCCCAAGCUUACCACCACCCUCCCAAAAUCCACACCUCUCACCGCUCCAGCAGGUCGUUCCCCCACCCGAAAGCGUGUCGGAAUCCUCAAUAAUCGUCGUCGUACCUCUACCCCUAUAACCCGCGUCGACCCCCCCAAAUUCUCCACCAUAAAACCCAGCGGUCUCAGCUUCUCAAUUGAUGCCGCCCUUUCAGGAACCAUCCCCUCUUACGGCGCACGUCAACUUCAACGCCAACCUCUUUCCUCUAAACCCCUAUCUACCCCUUCAUCGAAACCUAAAGUGUCUCAUAACAAGAUCCCCGCAUCUCUCCAUGUACUUGAAAACAAAUCCUCUUGGUUUUUCGAAAUCCACGAAGACACCGAAGAAGAACUCGCGACCAAUCUCAUGGAACACAGUACAUGCACCCUCGACAUUUCCUCGGACGAAGAAUCGCUUUCGAGAAUGAGAGACGAUAGAGGCAAGGAAAAUGUUCCACCUCUUGAUGAUAUUUCUCAAACUCGUACAUCGCUUACUGCAUUCGCUUCGAGUUCCAAUUCUGCAUCGGUGUCUAUGUCUAAUAGAGAUGAGAUGAAAAUCCGAGAGAUGAAAAUGAGAAUUAAGAUGCAACAGAGGAAACGACGGGAAAUGGAAGAUGGUGUGAUUGAUGUUGAUAGGUCUCCAUUGGGGGAGAUGAAGAAAGAAGAUUUCUAUGCCGAGGGUUGUGAUGAGAAGAGUGUUUUUGUUAUUCUUCCAGAUCCUGAACCUGAAUAUGAAGCCGAACCGUUAGCCGAAGUGGAAGCAGACCCUUCUGAACUUGAACAAGAAGAAGAACAAACCUCAGAACCUCAAAUUUCUCUCCCGCUACCAGAACCAGAACCAGUCUCUAUGGCGUCUACACCCGGAAAAGGAAAGGGAAAAGAAAUCGAUAUAGGUUUACUUAUGCAAAAGGAAGAUAUUGAACUGAUCGAGAAACCUGAGGCGGAUUUUGUCGUUUGGGAGAGUGGAAGUGCAAAGGAUGAAAAUGAAUGGGUUGAGUAA